AUGUCUUACGUUCCUCCACAUAAACGACAUGAAAACGUUGCAGUCAGAGCAUCCUCUGUUCCACCUUCUCUUCAUACAAAACUCAAAAAUACAAAGAUAAUCUACGCAAACGAUUUCAUUUCAAGGUGGUUUCUCGUUGGUUCAGAGGAAAACAACAGCUUUCAACUUGUCCCCGUUUCUUCAGAAUGGAGGAGAGGAUCAGAAGAAAAACCGUUGGUGGUCUUAGCGAAGAGCGAGUCAGAAAAAUUUGAAACUCCAUGGCUAUGGUUAGCAGAUAAGGUUGAGAAUGAUCUUAUGUUGGGAUUUAAUAGGGCAAAGAAGAUGAUUCUACGUCAUGCAUCAGAGGAUGUUAACCUCAGAUUGUUCGCUCGGUUUGGUAAAGUUGUAUUUAAAAGAUCUGCUAACUCAUCAGAAACUGUAAGAGAUGAAAACAUAACUAAAAGGGUACUGGAAAAACUCAAGAGAUCGUUUCCUACUAAUGUGCCAAAGUCUUAUGUGGAAAACGUUAUGUAUGAAGUUGUUCCUAAGAUGGGAUUUUGUGUUGAAGAGACCAAGGAGUUGUAUCAUGUGAAGGUGGGCAAUAUUCAGGAAGAAAAUGUGGAGAGGAAGUGUGUUUCAGACAUGCUGAAAGAUUGUCUGAAAACAGUGUGGGACUACUUUUUGAAGACACAAGUGUAG